UGGGACAGAGGGAUCUCCACCAGGGUCUUCAAGGGGAAUAACCAGUGCUGCCUGUGCAGAGCUCCCGUUUUCUUCCCACCUCUGCCGCCUGCUGCAGUUCAAGCCAUGGAUGCUGCCAGGUUCUUCUGGGCCCUGACUCUGCUCUCCGUCACAGCUUCAGCGGUUCCAGAGCCUCAUUAUAUGGUGGUUGUCCCAGCCAUCCUUUACCAUCCCAAUGUGGACAAAGUCUGCGUACUUCUCAGUUCUCUCCCAGAGAGUGUUCACCUGUCUGUCACACUGGAGAUGAAGACCCAGAACUAUUCAAUUGUGGAGAAGGAUGUGGAAAAGCCAGGGAUUUCUGAGUGCAUUAACUUCCAGGUUCCAGCCUUCACUCCCACGGAAAAGACCCGUGAUGGUGAGGAAGAAGAGGUCGCCCACGUGCACGUGCGCAUCCGCAAGGGCGACAGUGUGAGCUUCGAGGGCCGGAAGAAGGUGCUGAUCAGGGCCGUUUUCAUCCUGGACAUCAUAGAGACGGACAAGCCCUUUUACAAACCCGGAGAGACAGUCAAGUUCCGAAUUCUGAGGCUCAAUGAUGAGUUUAAGGCCCUGCCGGACACGAUCGGUUCGGUAGUGCUGAUGGAUCCCAACCGGAACCGGAUUGGUCAGUGGCUGAAUGUGGAGACCAAACAAGGCAUAGCAGAUCUCUCCUUCCCCCUGGCCUCGGAAGCAGCCCUGGGGAUGUAUUCCAUCCAGACAGGAGAGAGAGAAACCAUGAUGUUUUUUGAUGUGGAGGAAUAUGAACUGCCAAAAUUCGAAGUGCUGUUUGAGCUACCUCCAUUUGUCACCUUCUCAGAUGAAGAAUUUCUGGUCAGAGUAUGUGGAAAGGUACGUCUAUGGAAACCCGUUCAUGGAAAAGUAGAUCUGACAUUAAGGAUGACACCAUCAUUUCGUGACUAUCUGAGUGGAGAGUACAACGACAUUGAAAAGGAGCACACAGGCCAGACCGACAAGACUGGCUGUGCAUCAUUCACCAUUCACGCGGCUGACAUCAAUAUGACUCAAGCAGGUGUUGGGAGCUCGAUUGGACUUUUUGCGGAAUUGGUUGAUGAAGAAACAGGAGCAGCAAGCAGAGCACAACACGACUUGACUCUCAGCAGCAAGGAGGUGUCGAUCGAAUUCAUCAGCCUCAAUCCAUUCUAUAAACAGGGCUUUCCAUACACUGGCAAGAUGAGAGCUUCUGCCGGGGGCAUACCUGCUCAGAAUGAGACUGUCUAUCUCACAGUUGAGGUCAAUGAUGUAGAGACACAUUUUCCUUACGUCACAGAUGAGAACGGGGACGUUCACUUCUCGCUAGACACAACAAACUGGAAUAACACCCUGGUUUCCAUACGGGGCAGACAUUCGAUUGAAAAUGUAACCCAAGGUGAUAUUGCAAGUACUAUUAGGAUCUACCUGGAAGCUUUCAACUGGUUGAAGCCCUUCUACUCGGAGAGUAACAGCUUCCUCGAGAUCCAGCAUGUGGAGGAAGAGCUGCCCUGUGGAAAGGAGCAGGAAGUACUGGUGGACUAUAUAAUCGAUCGGAAAGAACUGGGCCCUGAGGCUGACCAUGUGGAUUUCUAUUACUUGGUUGUCUCAAGGGGAAGGAUUGUUUCCAGGGGGCAGAAAGAGGUGCCGAUUGGCCACGAUGAAACACUGAAGGGCACCUUCUCCCUUUCUCUGUCUGCGAGUAUGGAUCUGGCACCCACUGCCAGACUUCUGGUGUAUGCUGUGUUUGCUGAUGGUGAGGUGGCAGCUGAUGUGGACGUGUUCACCAUAGAGAAGUGUUUCCAGCACCAGGUGUCAGUGGGCUUCUCUAAGGAGGAGGAUGUUCCAGGAUCAGAGGUCAACCUACAAGUAGAAGCUGCCCCUGGAGCACUGUGUUCUCUUCGAGCUCUGGACAAGAGUGUCACAUUGAAGGCAGAACGCUCUCUGAACUCAGAGAGCCUGUAUACAUCCCGUUACAUCGAUGCUGGUACAGUCUCUGGAAGAGGGUUUGCUUAUCGCUUGGAAGACUUUGAGCCGUACCCGUGCCUCCUCCACCCGGGUCCCAGUCCAAGGCACAAGCGGUCCCUGGCGGUCGCUCCCUGGUAUCAAAGUGAGGCAGAUGUUUACAGCCUCUUCAAGCUCUUGAGGAUGAAAGUUUUCACCAACACCAGAAUUAAAAAGCCCGUUUCCUGUGAGCGCCAGCCGCAUGAAAGGAUGCUUUUCAGAAGUGACAAAGCCUUCACAGAGCCCCAACCUGUUGCCAUGGCUGACCGAGGGUUGCAGUCUCUCGACUCCAAAGCGAAGAAGGGGAAAGAGAAGUCCAAACCCAGGACAUAUUUUCCUGAGACCUGGAUCUGGGAUCUGGUGCCAGUCAACGAGGAGGGGAAGGCAUCUCACUCGGUCACCGCUCCGGACACCAUCACAGAGUGGAUAGCCGAUGCCUUCUGUGUGGCAGAUGUCGGUUUCGGGAUCGGCAAACCGGUUGCCAUCCGGAUCUUCCAGCCAUUUUUUGUGGACGUGGCGCUGCCCUACUCUGUAGUCCGUGGGGAGACCUUUGAACUCAAAGCCACCGUCUUCAAUUACCUGAAGGACUGCAUCCAGGUGAGUGUCCAUCUGGCAGAAUUGCAGCAAGUCGAGGUGAAGCCCUGCCCGACCUGCUCCUUCGCCGCCUGCCUCUGCUCAGAGGAGGCUGAGACCUUCUCUUGGAACGUGACGGCGACUCAGCUGGGACACGUCAACCUCUCAGUAACCACUGAGGCUGAGGAGACACAGGAGCUGUGUGGCAACAGAAUCGCCAUGACACCCCCCCGUGGCCGCUCCGACACCGUGAUCAAGCCCCUACUGGUCAAGCCAGAAGGCGACUUUAAGGAAGAGACCCACAAUGCAUUCCUCUGCUCUUCAGGGGAUGCUGUGGUGGAAGAAGUUUCUCUCAAGCUGCCUGAGAAUGUUGUGGAGGACUCUGGCCGAGCCGUCUUCUCUGUCAUUGGUGACAUUCUGGGCCCCUCGCUGCAGCAUUUGGACAAACUGCUUGAGAUGCCCUUCGGCUGUGGGGAGCAGAACAUGGUCAAGUUUGUUCCCAAUAUCUUCAUACUCCAAUACUUGGAGGCAACCAAUCAGGCAACUCCUGAGAUCAAAGCCAAGGCCAUAGAAUACAUGAAGAAGGGGUACCAGCGGCAGCUGCUCUAUCAGCACAGCAAUGGCUCAUACAGCGCCUUUGGUCAGCGUGAUACCGAGGGCAACACCUGGCUGACAGCCUUUGUGGCUCGGGCUUUUGGCCAGGCAAAAUCCUACAUCUUCAUUGAUGAAAAGCACAUUCAAGAUACUGUUCACUGGUUGGAGGAACAUCAGCAACCCGACGGCUGCUUUGAAAAUGUAGGAAGGCUCUUCAACAACGCCCUGAAGGGCGGUGUGGAGGAUGAGUUCUCGCUGACGGCUUAUGUGACUGCUGCACUGCUGGAAGUCCACCUGGACCAGAAUAGUACCACAGUAGAAGAUGCUUUAGCCUGUUUGAAGAGGAACUUAAGCUUUGUGGAAGAUGCCUACCCCAGAGCCUUGUUGGCGUAUGUCUUCACUUUGGCAGGGGACAUGGAGACACGGCAACAGCUCCUGAGAGACUUAGAUGAACAGGCUGACAAAGAAGGAGGAGUUGUGUCCUGGUCAGACACCGAGACGUCUGCUUACGUCCUCCUGGCCCUCCUCUCUAAACCAGAGGCGUCUGCGGAUGACAUCAAAGAAGCCUCCCUGAUUGCAGCCGCCCUCGUUAAGGAUCAGAAUUCAUAUGGGGGAUUUUACUCCACGCAGGACACCGUGGUUGCCUUGCAGGCUUUAUCCCGGUACGCAGCCUUAACCUAUCGUGAGAUCGAAGGCGUCCAGGUGCUGGUGAAGUCCACCGCAGGGCUCCACCAUGAAUUCCAUGUGGAUAAGGGGAACCGGCUGGUCCUGCAGCAGGUGCCUCUCCCUGAGGUGCCCGGGCAAUAUAAAGUGGAAGUCUCGGGGAGUGGCUGUGCAUACGUGCAGAGCACCCUUCGCUAUAACCAACCACCUGAAAAAUGUGACGCUUUUACUUUGAGUGUGGAGACUUCGCCAAAGGAAUGCAACCGGGCUUCCAGAAAAUAUUUCGACAUUCACCUGCAAGUGAGCUUCACAGGACAACGGGAGAAAAGCAACAUGGCUCUGUUGGAAGUGAACAUGCUCUCAGGAUACAUCCCUGUGAAGAAGUCUGUGAAGGCGCUACUAGAGAAGCCUCUCGUGAAAAAGGUGGAAUUUGAACCUGACAGUGUUAGCAUCUACUUGGAUGAGCUGGAUAGUGAAGAGCAAUGCUACGUUUUCUCAGUGGAGCAAGAAUUUGAUGUGAAAGACCUGAAGCCGGUGACAGUGAAGAUCUACGACUACUACCACCCAGAUGACUAUGCGGUCGCUGAAUACAAUGCUCCCUGCAGCACAGAGAGCACAAAAGAAGAUCAGGGUCAUUCUGUACCAGGAGACUGAAGCACCAUAAGAGGAAUACCGAAAUUGGCCUUUUGGGAUUAGCCUGCUGGGUCCGAUCAGAAUUCCCUUGUGUAUUGGGGGGCGGGGGGGAGAGGAGUGUUGCCAUUUCUCCCUCCACUUAGCCCCUGGGCCAAAUGCCAUGCUGGGUGGGUGGGUAUCCUGACUCUAAAGUACCACUGAUUGUCUUUUUUAAAAAGGCCGCUAGCCCUGAAACAGGUUCCCGUAAGACUAACCAGCGGUGUUUUAAGGUAAAAAAAGAGCUUGGGGGUGGGGGGGAAGGUGAGUGACAGUAUGAAACUCCGCAGGGGAGACAGAAUUAAAUCCCCUUUCUCAACGGUCCUGAUUCGGAUGGGCACCCCAUGCUUUUAAAAACGUGGGGAGAUCUCAUGUCAUGGGACUGGCACUGCAACACUGCUCGUCCAGAAGCUGCCUGCAGAGCUCCUUCCAACCUUUUGGGACUGGAGUGCCCGAGCUGAGUCUGCCUGUCCUCAGCGCUGAGGCUUCCCCCUCUCUGCCAGGUGGGCUCUUAUUAUUCCCCUGGUCUCUGCACAGCCUUCAUGUUAGCUGUCCAGCGCUGAUUCAGUGAGACUAGCUAGAGGACUUCAGUGCUCUAAAAGCCAAAGGCAAAAGCAAGCCAAGUGAAGAGAUUGGGAGGGGAAGACGGGGUUGAAGCAGAAAAGACAAAGAUAGAAAAGUGGGAUCUUGCCUUCCACUCGGGUUGCCAACUCUGGGCUGAGAAAUUCAUGGAGAUUUGGGGGUGGAACCCAGGGAGGGAAGGGAGCAGCCUCUGAAGCAGCCAUUUUCUCAUCUCUGUGGUCUGGAGAUCAACUGUGAUUCCAGAGAUUCUGGAGCUCAGCCACCUUACCCCCAACCCUUUUCCCUUGUGGACAAAUUGAACAGUUGAGGUGGGGAAAUAGAUCUUUUAGAAUAACAAAUGAAGUACUGUUUUAAAGCAGCCCAUUUGCACAGCUGGGUCACAGGCAACAGAGUGUCUGUGCUUGUUUGGAUUAGUAAGCAAGAGACCUUCAUAGGCCUAUUUGCUGGGAAAAUGCUUUCAAUCGCCGCACCUGUAGCCCGUCUUCAGGUUCUCUCGUCUAGAGUGCAGCAUGGACAUUGGCUGGAUGUGGGCUAAACAACAUGGCUUUGGGUUUCUCUAGCAGGCUGCUUGCUUGCCUCCAUUGCCUCCACCUUCCGUUCCUAUAAUGCCUACAAAGUUUUAUUCAAAGUACAAGCUUUUGUGGGCAAGCACCCUUCCUCAGAUACAGUCUGUAUCUCAAGAAGUGUGCAUGCACACAAAAGCUUAUAAUUAAACUGUGUGUUACUCUCAAAGCGCCAAUGGACUCAAAACUUGGUUCUGCUGCUUCAGACCAAGAAGGCUGCCCCAUCUGAAUCUACAUCCGUAUGUAUCACAGCACUUUAAUUGAAUUACUGGGAUGUUUAUGUCCUUCUUUUCCCCUUCGAAAAGUCUGUUUCCACAUACUAAUGCUGAGGUUUAAAUACUAUCGCUAAACCCAAAUAAUAAAAAUCUUCAUUUUGCUUACUAUCA